AUGCGCUGGAGGAGGCGAUGUGUGUCCAAUCGUCCCUCUCCAUCUCACUGCAGCGAGCGGUGUGGCUGUCCAGGCAUGGCGCGGUCCAGGAGUUUGAUGACGGCAUUGAGGGUGUGGACGAGACAGUUGCCGCUCGAAUGUCAGCUUUGCACGGCUACACGCCAGAUGGUCGAAUUUGAGGCCAUGAAGAAGUGCCUCGGGAUCAUGCGGAAAUUGGCCAACAAGAUGGAGGUGGAGCAGAAAGCGACUCAGAAACGGAUCGAUGAUGAGCUGACCCCGGUGAUCAAGUACCAUGACAAGGACCAGGGUGGCGAGCAUCACCAGAUACUCCUAAACCGCACGGAGCCCUUGAACAGAACAACAGGGGCACGUUGA